AUGUUACAGUUGCAGGAUCGCAGUUUGGCGAUCUUCGUUGUUACCGUGGUUUUCCUGGGGAUCUCCUCAAUCACAGUCUGCUUGCGAUGUUUUGUCCGACUCAAAAUUGUCAAGGCGUUUGGGUGGGAUGACGGGUUGAUGGUCUUCGCUUGGAUCUUGAAUAUAUUCUUCGCGCUAUGCGGAAUCACGGGGGCAUUACGGGGCUUUGGCCAGCGAAAAGAAGUGCUUCUGAGGGAAGGUAGACUAGAGACCGCGAUGUUUUGGUGGUGGCUGGGCCAAACCAGCUAUGUAUGGGUCUGUGGAGUGGCCAAAAGUUCCAUUGCGGUGACUUUGCUUCGUCUCACCGUCUCCCGCGUGCACACGGUGAUUCUGUCUGCUGUCAUUGCUGUGACGGUGGUUGUCGGCCUGGUCUUUUGGUUCAUGUUGACUCUUCAGUGUCACCCCGUAUCCUUUUUCUGGCAGAGGGUUCGGCCUGGCGCAGAAGGCCGCUGCUUCGACCCUGACAACAUCAUUAAUAUUGCAUAUGUCUACAGUGUGAGUGCAGCGUGUUGCGACCUCACCCUAGGCCUUCUUCCCGUGUUCCUUGUGUGGAAUCUACAAAUGAACACCCGUUCCAAGACUGCCUUGGCUGGUAUCUUGGGCAUAGGAUGCGUCGCCAGCGCAGCCGUCAUCGUCCGUAUUCCGUACCUCCACGAUUACAAAUCAGAUGAUUUUCUCUACACGAGUGCCAAUAUCUCCAUCUGGUCAAAUGUGGAAGCCGGCCUGGGUAUUGCCGCGGGGAGCCUCGUGACGCUCCGCCCUCUUUUCCGAUGGUUUCGGGACCCCAGUUCCGCCGGUAGUCGAAGCAAACGUACCGCUGAUAUGCCACUUCAUAGCGUCAACCUGAGACGCUCUGGGGGUAGGUCAGGUUCAAAAUACUGGCGAUCGGAUAUUGAUGAUGUGGACACUCUUGCGGUCGUCACAGCCUCGCCCCAGGGCAGUGGCAACAGUAGCCAGGAGAAUCUCAAUCCGAAACAGGAGCCAUACUUGGGCGGCGUCCAUGUGCAAAAGUCUUUCUUUAUAUCAGAGCAUCAGCCUUGA